GCGGGGCGCGUCCCGGCGGCGGCGGGGGCGGGAGCGGCGGGGCUGCUCCGGAUCGAACCGAGCGGAGCCGAGCACAGCCAAACUGAGCCGGGCCGAGCUGAGCUGAGCCGAGCCGGGCUCUCCCGCCGCCCGGCCGGCUGUUGACAAGCGGCGGCGGGAGACAACGCGGUCGUCCCCAUGUGGCGGACGCUGGCCCUCGCCUCCGCCUUCUUCCCGGGGCUCUUCAUUCUCUGCAUCCGGUUGCUGCGCUGGGCCGCCCCGGGAUGGAGCCUCAAGGACCGCAUCCUCCUCAGCGGCAGGCUGGUGUCAACGGUCCAAGCCACGAUGGCAACGGUGUCRGGGAUCACAAUUGUCCUCAGCUGCAAGAAUGUGGUGUCUGACAGGCACUGGCUGGCUGUGGAGUACAUCUGGGUGCUGGUCCCCUACAUGACCUAUGACAUCUACGUCAUGUACCUGUGCCACUGGCACAAGAGCCUGGAGAAGGGCAUCGUGGAGAAGAAGCACUCGCUGGCCAGCGUGUGGAGCUUCCUCCUGCAGGAGAGGCUGAUGGUCACCCACCACCUCUUCAUCCUCAUCGUGCUCACCCCCAUCACUCAGCACUUCAGGGGAGAGCUGGGCGACUUCUUUGUGGGCUGCAUCUUCACAGCAGAGCUGAGCACGCCUUUUGUGUCACUGGGCAAAAUCCUCAUGCAGCUCAAAAUGCAGGACACUCUCCUGCACAAGGUGAACGGGAUCCUCAUCCUGGUGACCUUCUUCCUGUGCCGCAUCCUCCUCUUCCCCUUCAUGUAYGCGGCCUACGGGCGCCAGGUUGGGAUCCCCGCGUACCUGGUGCCGUUCCGCAUCCCCCUGCACUGCAACAUCGCCAACGCGUCCCUCAUCGCCCCCCAGCUCUACUGGUUCAGGCUCAUCUGCCGCAAAGCUGCCCGGCUCUACGGCGGCUCUCCCGCCCACCGCAGCAGAUAACGGAGCCGGGAACGGCAGGGGCCGGCACAGGGGGGCCCCCGGCUCUUCUUCCACCGGGGAGCGGCGCGGCGGGAGCAGCGGUUCCGUCUCCAGCGCCGUGCCAGGCAGCGCCAGCCUGGGCUGGGAAGGUUUUCCUCCAGUGCCUCGUGUUCCUCCUGCUGGGGUGGGAGCCGGCUUGGAAGCAGCACAUUCCUUCUGGGAUCCGGCUCUGCGGCGCCGCCGAACUCAGGGUUACACGAGAGGGGUUUGCUGMGGCCCCCCCGGCGCGUCUGCAGGGCUGACACCGGACACCGGAGCAGCACGGCCGGAGCAGCCUGCGGUGGAUGCUGCAGCGGGG